GCUCAGUCUAUGUGUAUGUCACAUGAUUUGACUCAUAGGUCCUCUUUUAUCCACAGGCAGCUAUCUUAGAAGAGAGGGAAGAGCUCAUAAAUGCUGUCCCAGUUGAGAAACUCAAUAGAAUAGAAUGAUGGAAAAUUUGGAUGAAGACGGAUAUACUAAGUUAGACUUCAGUUCUCGCGGCAUCACCAGAAGACCUGUGUCCUCAGAUAAAGGACCUUGUGCUGGAUCUCUUCCUUGGCGUUACAUUGCUGUGACUUUGGGAAUCCUAUGCUUGGUAAUACUGGUGAUAGCUGUGGUCCUGGGUACAAUGGGAGCCCCGAUGCAGGCCAAGUACAGCAGCACGAGGAACAUGCUGGAUGCUGAUGGGGACACCACCAUAAGCCUGCAUUCUCAAGCCUCUACCACAUCUCGUCGCCCGGAGCGUGGGCACCCAGCAGAGCACCAGCCUCCCUCUUCAGCUUGGCGUCCAGUGGCCUUGACCCUGCUACUUUUGUGCGUGGUGCUGCUGAUUGGCCUGGCAGUACUGGGGUUUGUAUUUUUUCAGUUCUACGAGCUCUCCCAUACUCAGAAAGACAACAUUUCUACAAUGAAAGAAAGAUUGGGGAAUCUCUCUCAACAGCUGCAAUCUCUCCAAGCCCAGAAAAGGAAGCUUAUAGAAACUCUGUACCAUGUGGCUGAAGAAUUCUGCCGUGAGCUCUAUAACAAAACUGGAGAGCACAGCUGUACCCCUUGCCCAGAAAAAUGGAAAUGGCAUGGGGACAAAUGCUACCAAUUCUAUAAAGAGAGCAAGAGCUGGCAGGACUGUGCCUAUUUCUGUAUUGCUGAGAACUCAACCAUGCUGAAGAUAAACACACAAGAAGUGCUGCAGUUUACCAUGCCUCACAGCUACUCUGAGUUUUACUACUCUUACUGGAUAGGGCUGUCCCGCAACGGCAGUGACAAGGCCUGGCUGUGGGUGGAUGGAACGCCGUACGCUUCUGAACUGUUUAGAAUUAUAACAGAUAUCACCAGCAUAAGACACAGGGACUGUGUAACCAUCCUCAAUGGCAAGGUUUUCUCAAAAAAUUGCCAAGAGUUGAGACGGUGUGCUUGCGAAACAAUGGCGACCACAGUCAAGCUAGAGAGACUCCUUAGCUUCUCUGAACCAUUAUGUGGAGUUGAUUGACUCUCUAGCUGCAACUACAACUUUGCACUCCCUUGAAACAAACUGAAGAUCAGAAGAAGAGUCAAUCUCUUUAUGUGCACUCGGUUUCAAACUAUUCUCUUUCAUUUGAUCCUGUCUUUACAGCAAUUCAACAAAAGUUUGAGCCAAGCAAGGUCAAUGCAAAGAAUAUUUGAGACAUAAGGAAAUGGAGCAAAAAUCAGGAAAGGCAAUCCCUCUGACUGGCACAAGAAGGAUUUUCAUGUUUCCUGCUCAAGAUCACCAGCACUUCUGAGUUUGGGAAUUCAUGGGCAUAUUUACCAGUCAUGAGAAAGUCCCAAUUAUGUAUCAUCAGCUGGUCCCAGAAACUCAUAAAAUUAUUAUCUACCUUCUUGAGUUUGAGAUAACUUCCUAGUGUUCUUCCCUCUCAGCAUCUAAUAUCAUUUCCCUCUUUCCAUGUCUUCCUUAAUAUUUAGAGGAGUGAGAAACUUAAAUGGGGGAAAUAAAUGUAUGUAACAUCCUUUGUGUCAGCAGUCAGUUAGUCCAUGAGAAAUGAGCAAUCAUUUCUUAUACUGUGCUACCAAAUACACAACUAAUUCGCUUUGAUUGCGUAAGUUCUUUUUUUUCCCUUCUCAGUCUCUCAGUAAAAGCCCCAUCUGCUGUGUCUAUGGCCUACUUCUCACGGGGCUAUUUUUUUUUUUUUAUUAGAAUCUUAACUCUUAGAAAUCUUAGUUUUUAAGAUUCCAAUGACUUUUUAAGAUUCCAAUGACUGCCUCAGAAUUACUAUCCCUUUUGCUCCCUUCAGAGACUGAAACCAGAACAAAAGUCAGUCUAUCUAUGUACAUCUGGAAUAGUUUGGUUUUAGUUUAUAUUUUCUUCCAUUUGAUCCAUGUUUAUAUCCUUCAG